AGUCAAUUCAACUGGAGGCAUUUCAGUUUUAUUCGGCAUAAUAUUAUUUUGAUGUGUGACUAUUGAAUGAGCACGAUGAAGUUGUUCUUACUUUUCGUUUUAAUUGUCGGUAUUUCAGCGGACCAGUCCGUUGGUUCUGAUGAGUAUAAAUUGGGAGGUUUUCCUUCUCUUGGAGGUUCGAUUUCUGACAUAAUAAGUGGAAUAAUCAAGAAACUGCUGGACUCUGUAAGAGCUGUAGUUCCUGAACCAAUAAGUAUCGCUAAACUGAAUAUAUCUCUUCCAUAUGAAAAUUUGGCGAAUGGCAGCUUCAUUUUAACCGAUUUGAUUGAAAUUGGAGCUAAAAAUUUCAAUGCUUCAUCGGUUAGCGUAAAUAUGAUGAAAAGCGCUCUGACUGUAAUAGUGGACAUCCCAAGUAUAAACAUAAAUACCAAUUACUUUUCCGAUUUGUUAUUCGGUUCAAUCCUGCCCAUGUAUGGAGAAGGACCUGCAAAUAUUCGUUUGAAGAACCUACGACUAAAUUUCACAUCGAAGUACUCCUUGAACAUACUGAAAUUGCAAAUGCAAGUCAAGAAUACAUCUAUUAUCAUGAAUCUAGGGGAUGCAGUUUUCGACCUUCAUGGUAUGAUCAACAACGAAGCUUUCAGCAUUUUGUGUAGCCAAAUUUUGGACGAUACAGUUGAUGUUUUCAUCAAUAAGCACAAUGUACUUAUUUCCAACAUCAUAAGCCCAAUUGUAGAAACAGUGAUCAACUCUGUUCUCUCUAAAAAACAAACUACUGCCGCAUUUUUAUAUAAUGCUCCCAUAGAAUUGGAGGAAUUUGAAGUAAUGGAGCUGAGAAAUAUGUUCUUCAAUGAACUCAUGAAACAACCUAUGGUCUCAAAAUAUGUGUCACUUUGAACAACGCAGACAAACGAACAAAUUGAUAUUACACAUGUAUUACUUAAUUCGAUUUAGACUAAUUUAAUGUAAUUCAAUAAAAAUGAAUGAAAAUUG